AUGGCGAAAGACGGCGAGCGGUCAGCUCCCGCCGACAAGGGCAAAGGCAAGGUCGAUGAUGUGAAGGAGUUGACUGGAGGAAAGAACGCUCAGAACGAUGAGAAGCCAACACAAGCAGAUGGAAAGAAGAAGGAUGAGGAGCAGAAGGAAGAAGAGGAGCUCAGCGAAGAAGACCAACAGCUGAAGAAUGAACUGGAGAUGCUUGUGGAGCGGCUAAAGGAACCGGAUACCUCUCUGUAUGGGCCUGCCUUAGACGCGAUCAAGAAUUUUAUCAAGACCUCCACUUCUUCGAUGACAGCUGUCCCAAAGCCCCUCAAGUUCCUCCGGCCACAUUAUGACGAGCUGGCGGGACUCUACGAUAAGUGGGCCGCGGGCUCCGUCAAGGACUCAUUAGCCGAUAUGCUUUCGGUCCUCGGAAUGACCUACGGAGACGAAGAGAAACUAGAGACGCUGAAGUACCGCCUACUCACGAAGUCUGAUGACCUGGGUUCCUGGGGUCACGAAUAUAUUAGACACCUUGCUUUGGAAAUCGGUCAGGAAUAUCAGAACAGGUUGAAUGCGGAGAAGGACGUCCAAGAUCUGAUCGAUCUUUCGCUGUCUCUUGUCCCUUACUUCUUGAGCCAUAACGCGGAGGCCGAUGCCGUCGACCUGCUGAGCGAGCUGGAGAUUAUCGAGGAAAUCCCGCGGUUCUUGGACGAGAACACCUAUUCCCGGGUGUGUCUUUACAUGGUUUCCAUGGUUAACCUCCUCACAUACCCCGAAGACCAACAGUUCCUCCGCACCGCCCACGAGAUUUACGUCCGAUACAAAGAACUCACCAAGGCCAUCGUACUUGCCAUCCGUUUGAACGACACUGAUCUUAUCAGGAGCGAUUUGAAUGCCACAACUGACAAGUCUCUCAAGAGACAAAUGGCCUUCCUGAUUGCCCGGCAGCAGAUAUGGCUUGACCUGACCGAUGAGGAUGAGGAGGACGAGGCUUUCGUUGAUUGUCUGAACAACACCUCCAUCCCCAAGCACUUCAAGUCUCUCGGAAAGGAGCUCAACAUUCUCGACCCAACGAUGCCGGAGGAUAUCUACAAGACUCACCUGGAAAGCAGCCGCGGCGCAGGACUCACCAACGUCGAUUCGGCUCGACACAACCUUGCCAGUGCCUUCGUCAACUCUUUCGCAAACGCGGGAUACGGUAAUGACAAGAUGAUGCUCGUCGAGGGUGAUAAGGGUCCUUGGGUUUGGAAGACUAAGGAUGACGGCAUGCUUUCGACCACUGCAUCGAUGGGUAUGCUCUUGCACCGGGAUGUUGAGGCUGGUCUGGACAAGAUCGACAGAUUCACGUACGCUUCGGAAGAUCAGAUCAAAGCGGGUGCGCUACUAGCCAUCGGUAUUCUAAACUCCGGCGUCCGGGUGGACUCUGAUCCUGCUUUGGCCCUUCUGAGCGAUCCCGACAACUUGGAGGCCAAGAGUGUGCCGAUGCGAAUCGCCUCCAUCAUGGGUCUUGGUUUGGCCUAUGCCGGUUCGAACAAGGAGGAACUUCUUGAUGUUCUACUUCCGAUUGUUGAGGAUGUUUCUCUUGACAUGCAACUCUCGGCAAUGGCUGCCGUCUCUUUGGGUCUCAUUUUCGUCGGUUCCUCGAACCAUCAGGUCAGCGAAGCCAUUGCUACCACCCUGAUGGAUGAAGAGCGACAGAAGCAGCUCAAGGAUAAAUGGACCCGGUUUAUGGCCCUGGGUCUGGCUCUGCUGUACUUCGGACGUCAGGAGGAAGUCGAUGUCAUCCUCGACAUUCUUAAGGCUGUGGACCACCCCAUGGCCAAGCCUACAUCUGUGCUUGCUUCGGUCUGCGCUUGGGCGGGAACCGGCACGGUGCUGAAACUCCAGGAGCUCCUCCACAUCUGCAACGACAUCAUUGAAGAGGGCGAGGAAAAGAAGGGUGAUGAGCUUGUCCAGUCAUACGCCGUCCUCGGUCUGUCCCUCAUCGCGAUGGGUGAGGAGGUCGGCCAAGACAUGAUCCUUCGGCAAUUUGGUCACCUCAUGCACUACGGUGCCAGCAAUAUCCGUAAGGCGGUUCCCCUUGCUAUGGGUCUGAUCAACCCGAGCAACCCUCAGAUGAAGGUCUACGAUACCCUGUCGAGAUACAGUCACGACAACGAUAACGAUGUCGCUAUUAACGCGAUCUUUGCUAUGGGUCUUUGCGGUGCUGGUACCAAGAACGCCCGUCUGGCACAAUUGCUCCGGCAGUUGGCUAGCUAUUACCACCGUGAUCAAAACGCACUGUUCAUGGUGCGCAUCGCGCAAGGUCUCCUCCAUAUGGGCAAGGCUACCAUGACGUUGAACCCCUUCCACACAGAUCGUCAGGUGCUGUCCCGGGUAUCCGCUGCCGGUCUGCUUACAGUGCUGGUGUCCUUGAUCGAUGCCAAGCAGUUCAUUCUUGGGGAGCACCACUAUCUCCUUUACUUCCUUAUCACCGCUAUGUACCCGAGAUUCCUUGUGACUCUUGAUGAGGAUCUGCAGCCCCUUACUGUGAACGUGCGUGUAGGACAGGCUGUGGAUGUUGUUGGACAGGCUGGCCGUCCGAAGACGAUCACUGGCUGGCAGACACAGAGCACCCCUGUCCUUUUGGCUUAUGGCGAGAGAGCAGAGCUCGAAGAUGAACAGUACAUUCCUCUCAGCAGCACCCUCGAGGGACUAGUUAUUCUGCGCAAAAAUCCGGACUGGGAAGCCCCUGCUUAA